CAUCUCAUAAGUUGUGUCUCUCUUCUCCCCUUUACCUAAUAAUUCCUGCCAGUCCUCGUCUCGUCGCAACCCCACACUCGUUCACAGCUAUAUUCUUCCUGUUCAGACUCUCGUUGAACUCGUAACCUUAUUAAUAACACCCUAAUUCAACCUAUCAUCACCCCCAAGAUGCGUUUCGCCCCGAUCUUCCUCGCCGGCUUCGCCGCGCUCGCCGCCGCUCAGUCUGCCACUGACGCCUCCGCGCCGACUUCCGUCAGCUCUAGCGGCAACGCUCAGUCCUCGGAGCAGGCUGCGAUCAACAAGUGCCUGGAAGCCUGCGCCGAUGGCGACGUGAACUGCAAGGCCAAGUGCAUUGCUGUCCCCAACCCCUCCGACUCCCAGGUCAACGCCACCAACGAAUGCGUUGCCGGCUGCGACCAGGGCGACGGCUCUGCUGCCGACUCCGAGAAGUAUGCCAAGUGCGUCAACGACUGCAUUAGCAAGUACUUCUACACGCCCAACAGCGGCACCCCUUCGUCUGGCUCCGGCUCCGGCUCCGGCUCCGGUUCGGGCUCUGGCUCUGGCUCUGGCUCCGGCUCUGGCUCUGGUUCGGGCUCUGACUCUGGCUCUGGUUCGGGAUCCGGCAGCGGUGCUGAUGCCACUGGUACUGGAGGAAGCUCCGCCUCCAGCACGGCCACUGGCACUGCGGCUGCGAAGACUUCAUCCGUGGCUGCAGGCAACGCCGUGGUCGGCGGUUCGGCCGUUGGUUUGUUGGGCUUCUUGGCUGCGUUCCUUGCCCUUUGAGUCAUACAAUUCUAUUGUGAUACCUCAUGGUGGGGGAUGGAAGGUUGGAACGACGGUAUGACGGAUGGCAGAAGGUCAGGCGGGAUUGGUUCAUAAUGGCUGGAGUGAUCAGGGACAAUCGGGAGAUACCUUGGAUAUUUAGGUAAUCAAUUGAAAUGGGCGCGCUGGCGAUCCGUGUACAACGUCAAAUCUACUCUGCGCAUGUUUUCAACCCUCUAC